UUUCGGUCGGGCAACACGUGGGGAGGAGAGAAAGAGACGGGGACAGUGAGUAGGGACGCGUUUGGAUGGUGUUGGGCCCGGAGCUGAGGAUUACUACCUGGGCUUUAUCACAGCUGUGCGGCAGGAAGGAUACACAUAAACACGGAGCAGUACUUGGGAUUCACAAGAGAUGCCACUCAGGUUUCGGUCCUUUGUCCCGUACACACUUCCUGGAGUGCUUGCACUCAUAGGCUGGUGGUGGUACAUUUCUCGCAAAAAAUCGCGGAUCACCAGCCAUGACAGCAAGGAGGAACCAGUCGCAGGCCUACUGGCUUCGACAGUUAAGGGCAGUAACGGAAUGGUGGAAACUACACACAGCAGACCGUGCUUAGACAAACCCAAUGCCAAAGAACCGGUGUCUCCUGAGCAGGAAGUUGUAGCACAGAUUCAUACAAUGGCAACAAGCACCUCAGUAGAAGAACUUGCCAGCUCCUUGGUCAUAGUAGAAAAGCUGGCCACUCCUCCUCCAUGCAGUAUUGCAGUUUCAGAGUUCCAACAAAGCAACCUUGAAGUAGUUGGAGAAAAGUCUCUAAUUUUGGCCUCGGCAGCAUUGAGUCUUGUUGAGGAGAGUUCUCCACAUGAGAGAUUAGAGGCAGUUGUUCUAAGUAGUGAGACAAGCCAACUGCCUAUGGAAGCAGAGAUGGACAUUGGCUUGCUAGUGAAGUCUUGGGAUCAAACACUUGACAAACAGGACACUAAGGAAAUGGCGCCACUUGUAUGCCAGGCUAUGGAGCUGUCCAAAGCGGAGCGCCCAGAGCCUGAAGGAGAGGUGGCUGAUGAUGUAUUGGCUGUGCCAUUUGCUGAGAACAUCCAAGCAGACUUGGUAAAAGACGGUCUAUCCACAAACGAUGAUUUAGCUGCCGUUUCACAGAUAACUGAAGAUCAAUACACUUCAGCUGCAUCACAGUCACUUGCACUUGACAGUCCUAUUCUUUCCGCAUCAUUUCCAAUUUCCAGCAGCUCACCCGUCUUGCACGAUUUUAUACAAGUCCAGAACCACACGAAUGGAGACCUGAGCCGUCCGGUCGAGAGCAGCGACAGCACUGAAGAGCUGCAGCGCCUUGCAGCCGGUCUUAUCACCGAAGUAAUUUCAGCUGCUACCCAGGAGGUCAUGGCAGUCAGCAGCUCCAGGUCUCAAUUUAGCGAGGGUCCAGAUGCUGUGAGCAGUAUCACAUCUACUUUAAACGGAAAGGAAGUUGACAGGGAAGAAGAUGAAUGUGUGUCUGAGGUGGGGUCUUCUGAAGUCUACGAAAAUCAUGUAGAGCAGCAUGCAGAAAAGAUUGCCAAGGAGGUCAUCAAUGGCUGCCUCACUCCCUCCGUAUGGGAGAAGUCUGAGACACAGGACAGUUUUGCUCUCAGUGACCAUCAGGGACCGUUAGAAUCGACUCAAGUCCUGCCCAAAGUUCAGGCCAAAGAGGAGGCUGUGAUGGGAACAGAGGAUUCUGGGUGUAGCACUUGCCAGUCGGAGGAUGGCAUUAGCAACGAGGACCUUGUCAUCAGUACAGAUUUGUCAGCAGUGCAUGACAGCAAAGUGGACUUGAUUCAAAUUUCAGGAAUCUCAGCUUCAGAGGGCAACAGACAUCAGGAAAGCUCGGAUUCAGCAGUUUUGAAGGAGACUGUGCUGAGCGAGGAGCAUGCGACAGCUGCCUGUGUGCUAGCUCAUGUGAAUGGGGAAGCUCUCAGGAAUGGCACCAGUGAAGCAGAGACUGAUCAGUCCGGAGGUUCGGAUGUGAACAGUAUGGAUUCAGUAGACAGCUGCUCGGCUUUGGGGACAGGAAAUGGACAGCAGAGUGGCAGCCAGGCCAGCCAAUCACAAAGCUCAGAUCUGAUUGUGUGGGAAAUAGAGGUGCCCAAGCAUCUAGUUGGUAGAUUAAUUGGAAAACAAGGGCGGUAUGUGAGCUUUCUGAAGCAGAGCUCUGGUGCAAAGAUCUACAUCUCAACUCUGCCUUACACUCAAGAAUUUCAGAUCUGUCACAUAGAGGGCGCCCAGCAGCAGGUAGAUAAAGCCUUGGCCAUGAUUGGUAAGAAGUUUAAGGACCUCGACCUGACCAACCUGUACGCUCCUCCAUCGUUGCCGCUUUCCCUGCCCUCCCUGCCCAUGACUUCCUGGCUCCUGCUUCCUAAUGGUGUAACAGUGGAGGUGAUCGUGGUGAACAUCGUCUCUGCAGGCCAUGUGUUUGUCCAGCAGCACACACACCCUACAUAUCACGCUCUGCGCAGUUUAGACCAGCAGAUGUUCCUGUGUUACUCUCAGCCUGGCACUCCUGCUCUGCCCUCACCUGCUGAAAUUGGCGUGAUCUGUGCGGCUCCUGCAGUAGAAGGAGCGUGGUGGCGAGCGCAGGUCAUCUCUUUCUACAAGGAUUCCAACGAAGUGGAGAUCCGAUACGUGGACUACGGUGGCUACGACCGAGUGAAGAUUGAUACUCUUCGUCAGAUUAGGUCUGACUUUGUGACGUUACCGUUCCAAGGGACAGAAGUGUUAUUGGACAACAUCGCUCCUCUCCCUGGAGAGGAAGGCUUUUCAGCUGAAGCAAACUCUGCACUGGAAGAGAUGACACGAGGGCUACCUUUGCUUGCACAGGUCACGAAUUAUGACAAUAACACGGGCCUUCCUUUAGUGCAGAUGUGGAACAUGGUCGGAGAAGAGGUGGUUCUGUUGAAUCGUACAUUAGCAGAGCGAGGUUUAGCUACGUGGGUGGACAGUUUCUGAUCUCUCGCCCUUCUCUCGUCCUCCAUCCCCUACUUCACUUUUUAGACCCCGCCUACCUGAAGUGCACAUCACUGGCUAGCAGAAAAUUACUUUUACAUUUAGUUUUUUUUUUUUUUUGGGCCUUCUACUUCCUUUUGAUAAAGGUUAAUUUACUGUAAAGGACAAAUAAUAAAAAAAUGAAGAGUGUCAUGUCAAGUUUUGAUCAGAGAGCAUCUUGUAAAAAAAUAAAAAUUAAAAAAACCAACUGUGGGUGUAAAUUUAAAGACAGCUAGUAACUAAAUGAAGUUGGUCAGGUUUCCCAUUCAGCUAGGCUCCUCGAGGCACAAACCAGACUGUGGAUUCAAGAGCUAUAACUGUAUUUAUAAAGGGUGUACGUUGAUAUAAUGUAUGUUUACGUAAAUGUAAUAAUGGUGCAUUUUGUAAAGACUGUUGCUUCUCGGGGUCGAGACUGAUUUCAGCAACAUGUGCAUACUUUUGUAGCUCUACCUGACUAGCUCAUGUCAUUAUUGGAUUAAUUUUUCCUAGUGGUUCACGACUGCAAGUUUCCUUUUGAGUUUGAGUCCCAAUGUCCCAAACACCUGUGCACAUUCAGUGUAUAGAACAGGACACCUCCAUGUCAUGAAGAAGCACACUGCGCAAAAGUGUGUGAUCCUCUACCACAGAGUCUUGUUCAUCAAUGUGGCCUUAUGGAGGGAACCAAAAUCCUGUCCUCCGCUGCACACGGUCUGCGGGACGUGUCCAGCAAAUUGCCUUCAGCGUGAGCUUGUUUCUUUGUAGCUCUUAUUUAAGAGUUUGUUUAUUCGCGAUUUCCACAUGUAACUCGAGGAAACACUACAACACUGGCCUGCGCAUCAGCUUCACUACACGUGCAUCCUGACCCAUGACGAAACUUCCACAUCAGAGCACUGAGGGGUCUCGGAGCUCAGGCUCCCGUUUUUGGGGUAGACGAACUGCAUAUAGUGUGCUGUGUCAAUCGUAUGCAUGCAGUCCUGUUCAGAGCACAUCUUUUGAUCCACACAUCACAUUAACGCACCUUUUACUAUAUAGCGUGGCUUUGCGUGAACACCAGAGGAGGUUCGAUCACUUGGCUGUAGCCUACUGUGCCUACAUUCAGGUUCCUUAGAUCAAUACAGAUGGGCACCGUGGUCAGUAGCUAAUGACUGUAGUCUGAAAUUUUAAGAAUGUCCACCAUUUAAUCAGUCUCAUGAGGCUGGCUGCUAAAAUAGGCAUUCUGAUGAAACUGAUUUGUUGCAAAAGAUAAAAAGCUUUAAGACAUCUCAUUCAGGUUUUCUUUGUUUGUUUUUGUUUUUUUGUUUUUUUUACUUUGAGUUUGAUUUAAAUAAUGCUCUGUUGCUCUAUUGAUAUUUUGUUUUUUUUAAGUGUGUAAACCACUAGCUUUUUGUGUGUGCUGUUUGAGUGUGUUGCAUUACGUGGUUAUGUAUGGGCUCACUCAUCCAGUUUUCUGCUGCUACACCACUUCCAUCCUGAUGUUGCCAAUCCCUAACCUGAUGAAAUAUCACCAGCUGUUUUCAUUUUUACCCAAGCACUAAUUUCCAUUUUAUGAUUUGCGGUUUUGUGUGUGCUGCUAACAUAAUUGAUGAAGACUACACAUGUUUGGUUUCAAUCUGACUUCCAAAACUUGAAUAAUUUUUUUCCCCUAAAUUAAUGUUCUUGAUUUAAAAUGAUUAUGUUGAACCCAGCAGUCUUUUAAACUGACAAAAGGUGGUUAUGUUUCUGUAGAUUUCAAAGGGAUGUGCACUUUUCUGUAACCUCACUCACGCUGAGUUGCUAUAGGAUCUGUAAUAUCUGUGGUAUGGACUUUUAUUUUAUUUCCUUACUGUCUGGUGUUCAGAUUGUUCAGUGUAUCGUAUUGAAGCUGUGGGGGGAAAAGAUUAACCGAUGAGGCAGUGAUGUACUAAAUGUGCUACAGAAUGUAGUCUCUGGAGGUAUUUCUGAACUGUACAGUCAAACCAUUAAGGCAGCGCAACAACUUAAAUGCAGAAACUGUUUUUUCUUUUUUUCUUUUCUUUACCCCCCCAUUCCCACCCCACCUUUGUUUGCAAGUUCAUAAUUCUCAGUAGAUUUCUGACAGUUUGUUUUUUUAACCCCAUGCUGGAAGUUUAUGGCCUUUUUCUUCUCCACCUUUUCCGUUGCCAUGCUUCAUCAACUGACCGUACUUCACUUGUUUGUCUGUGUAAAUAAAAUUUCACUGUUCUUUUGUACAACGCUGGGAAGAGUGUAUGAAAACAAAGGGAUCAUUUUGUUUUGUUUUGAUUUUGUUUUUCACCCCAACUACAUGUUUUGUUUAUAGGACUGGUUUGAAGUGUUUUGCUUAGCUAGUUGAUUGAUUCUUUGAUUAUUUGAGUGCAAAGCAAUCCUGCCCACAGCAUAACCAUGUACAGGUUUUUGCUAGACUCAUGAAAACGUUUGAAUCCUGGUUGUACAGAUCUAUAUAUUAUAUAGAUAUAUAUAAAAAAAGAGAAUAAAAUUAUUAAAACAUGCA